AUGAACUGCCUCGUCAUCGAGCUUGGUCAUUCGUUCUCGGCUCGACUUUGCGAACAGUCACAUAAAAAAUAUGGUAUUUAUAAUAUAUUUAUACAACAAUUUUUGUUACAGAUUCUAAUUGCGUUAAAUUUUAUAGCUUCUGGUUCAUAUCAAAAAAGAGUUGGACAGGAUUAUUUAUUAUGUGUAAGCCAACCAACAGUCAGCAAAAUUCUAUCCAAUGUUGUCAAUGCGUUGAAUAUUUUAAUGCAACAGUGGAUUCAAUUUCCAAUCAAAGAGGGAGAAAUUCAGCAUGUGAAAGAAAGGUUCUGGGCACGUACACAGUUCCCUGGCGUUAUUGGAGCAAUAGACGGAACCCAUAUAGCAAUUGUUCCACCAAAAGCAGAAAGACAACAUCUCUAUAUUAAUAGAAAAUUAUAUCAUUCAUUAAAUGUUCUUAUUAUAUCGGAUUAUGAAGGUAAAAUUUUGACCGUAAAUGCUGCACAUGGUGGAAGAACACAUGAUGCCAGAGUGUGGAGGGCAUCUCUUCUAUCGAAUCAUUUGCAGGAAAUGUAUACUGAAGGACGAAGAGAUGCUUGGCUUUUAGGUGAUAGUGCUUAUCCACUGCUGCCAUAUUUGAUGACACCUAAGCUGAAUGUACCUGAAGGUACACCAGCAGCAAGAUACACACAGCAUCAUGUUCGAGCUCGAUCUUGUGUGGAACGAUGCAUAGGAGUACUAAAGGGAAGGUGGCGAUGCCUAAGAAAAGAGAGAGCUCUACAUUAUGAACCAGAAGUUGCAGCUCGAAUAGUUAAUGCUGCCUGCGUUUUACAUAACAUUGCUAUUCGUUGGAGACUUCCAGAACCGGAGCUAUAUUAUGAUGUAAUAGAUUUAGAAGUUCCAAGAUAUCAAGAGAUAGCAAUGGAAAAUGGGAAUGAAGUUCGGCAAAGAAUCAUAAAUACAUAUUUCCAAAAUAGGCACUUAUAA